AUGUCGUCCCUGUCUACAGCAACCCUUCCUCCUGGUUCUGAAAACGAUACUGGUGGUUUAUCCGAUGACCAACUGCGAGAAUUAUAUGAAAAUGAGGAAAUGGAUCGGUUUCUGGCUAUCUUUUCUACCUAUGUAACAGAAGUUCGGGUUUCCGAGACGUCCUCCAGGGCACCUCUAGAAAAUGCCUCGCCACCUCCCGGAGACUCUGUGUGGACCAUUGGACAUACCCAGGACGACGGCCUGCCUGAAGAGCUUCCUGUCCAGUGCAUCUCAGAACAAAUAGCCAAUCAAUGGAUACGUCCACAUUUGCCUUCUACAGCCCCCCCGGCACCACCGUUCACUCUAGGGCGUUUGAAACUUGCUGUGCAGCGCUUUUACUUGGCUACUAUUCCUAUCUAUGUACCAUUCCUCGUAAGGAUGUAUCGAUUAUCAUCAUGGCGUGACAAAGGUCGUAGUUCAAUGUAUUGCAUUAUAUUCUGGAUACUAUGGUACCACGAUCUCUUGUGUCCUGCCUUUUUUCUACGCAUAUUCUACGCCUUGGUGCGCCGAAGAAUUUUUCCCUACCCAACUAUAGACGAGCUUCGGGAACGCCUUCGUGAGGUUGACAGGGCAAGCAAGCUAGGCGACGCAAUAUCGACCAGGUUGUCAACGUCCCCAUCUUUUGGGGUCAAAGACAUGUGGCGGUUAUUUAGAAUAGUCAAUAAACCACGGAAAGCGAAGACCAAGAAGGCCUCCGCAGAGCCUGGAUAUCAAGACGCUCCCGAGUCAAUUGAUUGCAACGCAACUAUCAAAGAUGAGACCACAGUGCUCGACGAUGAAACAGAGACCCAAGAGGAGAGAGAUAUCAAGCAUCUAGGUCUCCAUGUUUUGAAUGCGGUUGCUGAUUUCCAUGAAAGGAUGAAGAAGUAG